CCAUUGGAGCUACAAGAGGGAAAUUCUCCAGUGAUGCCAUUCUAAUAAAUAAUUCACAUCUCUGGAGCGCAUUCGUGCAAACUGUUAUUUCCUCUCAGUUUCUCUUCUUCAUUUGUUCUCCCUGUGCAGUUGUUGUGGGUUUGAAAGAGGAUUUGUAUCUCUUGUUGCAGCCGGCGUGAUGUGCAGAUAUUUCAAUGAAUGAAUGAACGGUCGGCUGACUGUGAAAGAGAAUAGGAGGAUAGUCCUCUGGGAAUGAAGCACCUCCCCUUUAAUCGCUCGGUUGAGUUUGUCUCGGAGCUGUAGUUGCUCUCUUCACUCGCACACGUUUGCCGUCAGUCGUCAAGAGGAGCUCCAGAGGAUUUCAGCGCUCUUGUUUUUGUUUAAGGGAAACAUUUCUUUGUCUUUUCUUUCUUUUUUUUUGGAAUAAAAAGCGAGAGCAGGAGCAGAGUUUGUCACUUCUCUGUGCCGUUUUGUUGUGAUCGACAUGGAGAAACGCGAAAUGAACCGUCCAAAGUGGCUGAAGGACUGAAUAGUAUUGCCUCCUGUUCUCACUCCAGCAGAAGCAGAGCUGCCAUGGCCAAGUGGCUGAAAGACUACCUGAGCUUCGGCAGCAGGAAGGUGCCUCCUCAGCCGCCCACGCCAGACUACACAGAGAGCGAGAUCCUCAAAGCGUACCGCCUACAGAGGGACCUGGACUUUGAGGAUCCAUAUGAGGAGUCUGAAAGAUCCAGGGGCGAAUCUGGGACUUCUGACCCUGCCACACCUGUUUAUGGGUCUCCCUUGAAGACACCCGGUGUGGACAUGAAAUCUCCCAAACACAGACUGAUCAAAGUGGACUCCCAGGAGCUGGGGCGCACCAAGAUCCUCCUCAGUGCUAUCUCUUUAGAGGACCAGCAAGAGCCUGUGGUGCCGUCAGCUCCUCUGGCAGGAGACACAGAUUAUUCUGACCCAUUCGAUGCACGCUUGGAUCACAGGCCAGAACCAGAUCACGGACCCGUUCCCUGCGAGAACAACGGCUACAUGGAACCGUAUGAGGCCCAGAGGGUCAUAACGGAGCUGCAGCGAGGACCAGGAGGAGGGAGACCUCGGGGCGGAGUGCAGCUCUAUGACACCCCCUAUGAAGAUGAGCGAGGCCAGCGCCUGGGUUUUGUGUAUGGAGAAGCUCAGGAGGAGGGCAAGGAGAGCAGCAGGCUGCCUCAAGAUGAUGAGCGACCGGCUGAUGAGUAUGACCAACCCUGGGAAUGGAAGAAGGACCAUAUUUCCAAAGCUUUUGCAGAAAUGAGGGAGAUGUCGGAGCUGCCCUGGCCUGCCCCGGUGGGUCAAAUGGAGGAGGAGCCCCCCAACCGAGAGCAAGUGCAGUUUGAUGGCGCUGAAUGGGACCGCUCCUCGUCGCCUACAGAGCGGUUACGUCCUCCAGGGCCAAGGUCCAGCCCGCUGGCAGGAGGGGGGAAGAAGUUUUGGAUGCCACAGGAGAGCCUGUCUAUGGUGGGGGAGCGUGUGGAUCCUACUCUGGCUCUGGAGAAGCAGGUAUGGUACCAUGGUUCCCUGUCGCGUUCAGAGGCAGAGUCGCUGCUAACGCUAUGUAAAGAGUGCAGCUACCUGGUGAGGAACAGCCAGACAAACCGCUCUGACUACACCUUAUCCCUGCGGAGCUGCCAGGGUUUCAUGCACAUGAAGUUCACACGUUGUAAAGAUGGAAAGUACGUGCUUGGACAAAACAGCCCUCCGUUUGACACCAUCCCCGAGGUCAUCCACUUUUAUACCACUCACAAACUCCCGAUCCGGGGGGCCGAGCACCUGUCCCUGCUGUUCCCCGUGCUGGUGCAGACACUCUGACUGACCCCGGUCCUCCUCAUUGUGAUCGGACAUGUAACACUUGAAUGUUAUUUUUGGGGACCUUCCCAGUGGAAUACCUUUGCUCCCUCUUUUAUUGGACUGGAUUACUUUGGAUGAUUCAACACACCAGGAGCUAAAGCCCUCAAACCAUCACUGCUGUUGUACCUGUGCCAAAAGUCUCUAACAUCCAGGGGAUUGAUUCAUAUGAAAUGCAAUAUGUGAACUUGAGGCUACCCUCUCUCAUCUCCUCCCUGAGUACAUGUAGGCAGACUUCAGGACAUUUCAAAUUCUCUUUUUAACUUUUUUACAUUCUUUCACAACGGACUGAAGCAGAGGAAUCUAGCCAAGCUGUAGCUGGAAGAGGGUCUGUAAAUUGUGAAUGUACUGAUGCCCCAGUUUACAGAAGCCCUGCAGAAGAUUGAGAUUUAAUAACUGCUGUUCCACAAAAAAAAACACCUCAUUCACACUUGUUAAAAUAUUGCUGUUGUUAGGUAAAAACCUUGCAAGUCAUAUUAUGCUGGAUUUACAUGUUGAGACCUGAAUCGAUAAACUGAAAUGUUGUGCAUAAGACAAGAAACGGUUCUCAUCCUCAAACCUUUUUCUAAUUGUCUUGAAAUUUUGACUUUUCCAUAAAAAGAGUGCUACUCACAGAGAUAUAAGGUUUUUACCAACAGCAGUUCUAUUUCUGAUGCUUUUCUACACAAAGCCACACUCAUUUAUUAUCUUUCAGUCUGUUCUGUACUGUCAUGCUGCUGUAUGCUGAGACAUAUCAGUGUUAUCUGUUUGAUUGUUCAUGGAAAGCAACUGAGACACUGUGUUUAAUCGGUACUUGUGUUGACCUUGCGGACCUGUAUCUUGUUUGUUGCCUAAGCUGCUUUUGGUCGACAUUGCUUUGUUUGUUGAAAGCAACCUGUCACUUCUGUCAUUGUCUUUUCAGUGGCUUAAAGUUUGGCUUUGAGGCAGAGCUUACAGGCUAUAUCUGAAGCAAAAGGUGCUUUAAGAGGUGGUAUUAUGCUUUUUCAUAUUUUGAAAGUUAAAAUGUCAGCACUUAACAUGUGCCAAGUUUCAUAUUGUGAAGUAAACAGGUGUAGGAUAACCCAAGAUGAUGCUGCUCUGAACAGCUUGUUUAAAAAAUCCCAUGAAAAUUUAGCAAAAGGGACACGGGACUAGCUCAAUUUGUGAUGUCACCAAAUGGUGGAUCUCCUAAAAAGGGCAAAGUGCUGCAGGCACAGCAGAACUGCCCCUUACAGCAGACGUUUUUUGUGCAUUUUCCACAUGUGCACCUCUAUGACUGAAUGUUCAGCUUGUUAUAGAAUUAGCAUUAUCCACAUCAAAGUCACAGAAUAAGCCAGGUCACUGCAGUAAUGAAUGUAAGACUUUCACAGAAAAAGUCCUGCUCUGUUCAUUGUUGCUGCAGAUUUUUAUUUUGUUCCCUCUCCAGACUUACUGGUUUAGAUUGAGGGUCCAAAAUGUAUAUCUGCAUUUUAUUAUCAGUCAUUUUAAAUAGAAAAACACAAGUUAACUUAAUGCUGACCACUUUUAAGCACGGCCACACUGGAGGAGGCGGGCCUCUAACACUGAGUUCUGCCCAUGGUUCUGCUUUGGCAGAUACCAGUCUAAGAUGAAUAAAGAGUUUUUGAAUUUUAAAGUAAACAGACUGUAGAGGUAUCAGAGAGAUAAUAUGAAGCCUGUAAAGAAGCAUAAUACCUCCCCUUUAAUAUCAAAAACCCUCAAAACUUUGCGACUUCUGGUUGCAUUCUCACACUUCCAACAUUUUUUUCUGCUGGCAAAGUCAUCUGAUGCUGGUUUGUGAGGAGUAUUUGAGUUAAACGUUUGCCAUCUGGGAUGGGUUUCCAUUUCUGCUGUCUAGUCACAGCGUUAUGUCCCAAAAACUGAUUUCAGUCUGAAGCUGAAUUCUGCCAAACACACUUAAAACCAUUGAAAUGACAAAUUGAUAAGUCAAUAUAAAUCAUUGUUAUUUAAGUCAUUGUUUCUUGAUAUAAAAGUCUAUAUUGAAGGGUUGUAUUGAUUGUUAUUAUAUUGAAUAUUUUCAGUCUCUAGU